AUGAGAACCGCCGCUCUGACUCUGGCGCUGCCCGCGCUGGCCAGCGCCGUCAAGUGCAAGCCCUACGUCGAGUCCGAGAAGCUCCAGGAGCUCAUCACCAUCGAGGACCUGCUCGCCGGCUCCCAGAAGCUGCAGGACAUCGCCGACGCGCACGAGGGCAACCGCGCCUUCGGCGGCGGCGGCCACAACGCCACCGUCGACUGGCUGGUCGAGGAGCUCGAGAAGCUCGACUACUUCGACGUCUACAAGCAGCCCUUCACCGAGAGCUUCGCCGGCUCCAAGGCGACCCUCAGCGUCGCCGGCGCCGCCGUCGAGGCCCGCCCCAUGACCUACACGCCCGCCGGCGACGUGACCGGCGCGCCCCUCGUCGCCGCCGCCAACGUCGGCUGCGAGGCCGCCGACUUCCCCGCCGAGGUCGCCGGCGCCGUGGCGCUCGUGUCGCGAGGCACCUGCAACUUCGCCGUCAAGGCCGCCAACGCCAAGACCGCCGGCGCCGUCGCCGCCAUCAUCUACAACAACGACGUCGGCCCCCUCUCGGGAACCCUCGGCGCCGCCUCCGACACCUACGCCCCCGUCGUGGGCAUCACCCGCGACGAGGGCCUGGCCUUCGCCGCCUCCCUCGCGGCGGGCGAGGAGGUCUCGGUCGACCUCAACAUCAUCUCCAUCAUCGAGGACCGCGUCAACUACAACGUCAUCGCCGAGACGCGUGGCGGAGACCACGACAACGUCCUGAUGAUUGGAGGUCACUCCGACUCCGUCUUUGCCGGCCCUGGUAUCAACGAUGACGGCUCCGGUACCGUCGGCGUCCUCGUGGUCGCCAAGGCCCUCUCCCAGUUCACCACCAAGAACGCCGUACGCCUCGGUUUCUGGGGCGCUGAGGAGUACGGCAAGCUCGGGUCGUACUUCUACGUCAAGCAGCUCAACGGCUCCGACGAGGAGGUGUCCAAGAUCCGCGCUUACCUCAACUUCGACAUGAUCGCCAGCCCGAACCCCAUCCUGGCCAUCUACGACGGCGACGGCAGCGCCUUCAACUUCGCGGGCCCCGCGGGCUCCGACGUCAUCGAGAAGGACUUUGAGCAGUUCUUCGAGGCCCAGGGCCGCGGCCACGUGCCCACCGAGUUCAACGGCCGCUCCGACUACGCCGCCUUCAUCGAGAACGGCAUCCCGUCCGGCGGCCUCUUCACGGGCGCCGAGGGCAUCAAGACCGAGGCCCAGGCCGCCCUCUUCGGCGGCGAGGCCGGCGUCGCCUACGACGUCAACUACCACCUCAUCGGCGACGACAUCAACAACCUCGACAACGACGCCUACCUCAUCAACGCGAAGGCCAUCGCCCACAGCGUCGCGCUGUACUCGAUGAGCUGGGAGACCAUCCCGCCCGUCUCGCUCGCCAAGCGCCGCUGGGACGCCGACACGGCGCAGCACCUCAAGCGCGCCGCCGAGCUCACCGGCCACUCCCACGACGGACCCUGCGGCGGUGGUGCUCACGCCUAA